UCUUAUCCUUACCCACCUAAUUAUUAUAUUUAUAUAAUUUUGUAAGUAUAUAUAGCUAUACUUAUACAUAUAAAUAUAUGUAGUAAUAAAGCCAAUUAAGCUUGGAAAACAAAGAAAAUUGAAGUACAUAUCAACGAGGAGAAAUUAUGUGGAGGCUUAAGAUAGGAGAGCGAGGAAAUGAUCCAAACAUUUAUAGCACAAAUGAGUUCGUGGGAAGACAAAUAUGGGAGUUUGAUGCUGAGGCCGGUACAGCUGAAGAGCGAGCGGAGGUUGAAGCCGCUCGCUCCAACUUCUACAACCGUCGUUCUCAAGUUACGACUUCUGUUGAUUCUCUUUGGCGAAUGCAGUUUUUGAGAGAAAAAAGUUUCAAACAAACAAUUCCCGCCGUUCAUAUUGAAGAUGAUGAAGUGAUCAGUCAUGAAAAGAUAACAUGUGCAAUAAGAAGGAGUGCCCACUACUUGUCCGCCUUACAAGCUAGCGAUGGACAUUGGCCUGCAGAAAAUAGUGGUCCAUCGUAUUUUUUACCGCCAUUUGUUAUGUGUUUAUACAUUACAGGUCACCUUAAUACUAUUUUUACUAGUGAACAUCGUAAGGAAAUUUUUCGUCAUAUGUAUAACCACCAGAAUGAAGAUGGUGGAUGGGGAUUACAUGUAGGGGGCCAUAGUUCAAUGUUUGGUACAACUUUUAAUUAUAUUUGUCUACGAAUUCUCGGAGAAGAAUUACCUAAAAAUGGUGAAGAAGAUAACGCUUGUGCAAGAGCAAGAAAAUGGAUCCUCGAUCAUGGCAGUGUAACGAAAAUACUCUCUUGGGGAAAGACUUGGCUUUCGAUGUUAGGAGUCUUUGAAUGGAUUGGUUGCAACCCAAUGCCACCUGAAUUUUGGAUUCUUCCACCCUUUUCUCCUAUACAUCCAUCUAAAAUAUGGUGUUAUUGUCGACUGGUUUAUUUGCCUAUGUCGUAUUUAUAUGGAAAAAGAUUUGUUGGUCCCAUCACACCACUUAUUCUACAAUUGAGAGAUGAACUUUACACUCAACCUUAUAAUCAAAUCAACUGGAAAAAUGCGCGCCAUCAAUGUUCUAAGGAGGAUCUUUAUUAUCCACCUCAUUGGAUACAAAAUUUUUUGUGGGAUAGUCUCUACCUAUGCACUGAGCCUCUUUUAAGUCGUUGGCCGUUGAAAAAAAUUAUAAGAGAACAAGCUCUUCAAGUAACAAUGAAACAUAUUCAUUACGAAGAUGAGAAUAGUCGAUACAUUACUAUUGGAUGUGUUGAAAAGGUGUUAUGUAUGCUCGCUUGUUGGGUUGAAGAUCCAAAUGGAAUGUAUUUCAAAAAGCAUCUUGCUAGGGUUCCGGACUUCAUAUGGAUUGGUGAAGAUGGAUUGAAGAUACAAAGCUUUGGUAGUCAAUUGUGGGAUGCUACAUUUGCAGUUCAAGCUCUUCUUGCAAGUAACCUUAUUGAUGAAGUUGGACCAAUCUUGGCAAAAGGUCAUGACUUUAUUAAAAAAUCUCAGGUCAAGGACAAUCCUUCCGGUGACUUUAAAAGUAUGUAUCGCCACAUAUCGAAAGGAUCGUGGACGUUUUCCGAUCAAGAUCAUGGAUGGCAACUUUCUGAUUGUACUACGGAAGGUUUAAAGUGUUGUGCAAUGUUGUCAAUGAUGCCACCAAAAAUUGUUGGAGAACAUAUUGAAGCUGAGAAAUUAUAUGAUACUGUUAAUGUUAUACUUUCUUUGCAGAGUAAAAAUGGUGGUGAAGCAGCAUGGGAGCCUGCUAGAUCACCAGCUUGGUUGGAAAUGUUGAAUCCCGUUGAAUUUCUUGAAGAAAUUGUUAUCGAGCAUGUGUAUGUGGAAUGUACUUCGAGUGCAAUCCAAUCUUUAGUUCUCUUCAGAAAGCUAUACCCCGAACAUAGAGAACAAGAAAUAAAGAUGUUCAUAACAGGAGCAGUUCGGUUUUUGGAAAACAUACAAAGGCACGACGGUUCAUGGUAUGGAAAUUGGGGAAUUUGCUUUACAUAUGCGUCGUGGUUUGCCCUAGGAGGACUAGUUGCAGCUGGUAAAACUUACAACAACAGUUUAACUAUACGUAAGGCAGUAGAAUUUCUACUCAAGAAACAAACACUCGAUGGCGGUUGGGGAGAGAGUUACCUUUCAUGUCCAAAAAAGGAAUAUAUAGCCCUUCCUCAAAAUAGAUCAAAUUUAGUACAAACUUCAUGGGCUAUGAUGGCUUUGAUUCAUGCUGGCCAAGCAGAAAGAGACCCAACACCUCUUCAUCGUGCUGCAAAACUCAUUAUCAAUUCUCAAAUGGAAAAUGGUGAUUUUUCAGAACAGGAUAUAGUUGGAGUUUUCAAGAUGAAUUGUCCAUUGCAUUAUCCAAUGUAUAAAGACAUUUUUCCAUUAUGGGCGCUUGCAGAAUACCGCAAUCGAGUUUUUUUGCCAGGAAAAGAUCACGUAAAAAUUUGAAGUUAAGUGUGUUUGGGUGAGAAUAUAGACGACUCUUCAAUGUUCUUGUGUUGCUAAUGCUAAAACUUUAAAUAAAACUUGAAUAAUGUAUGGUAAGUAUCUAAAAUUAAUAUUAAGAGUUGUGGAGGUAUAAAGGCCUAGCUUUUAGUACUUGGUACAAAGUUGUUUGUGUUGAUGAAUUUUAUUUAUGUAAGAUUGAAGCUCUUGGAAGAAUAAUGGGAAGAAUUAAAAAAAUGAUAUAAUUUUGUUUUAGUUUUCG